AUGUCAAAGAGUGUAUUUGUUGGAAAUAUUCCAUACGAAGCAAAUGAAAAAGAUUUAAUUGAAAUAUUUUCAGGUGUUGGUAAAGUUGUUUCAUUUAGAUUAUUAGAAGAUAAAGAUUCAAAAAAAUCUAAAGGUUAUGGUUUUUGUGAAUAUGAAAAUGUUGAUAAUGCAUUAUCAGCAAUUAGAAAUUAUAUGUUGUUUACUUUUGGUAAUAGAGUACUUAGGGUAUCAUAUGCAGAUAAUGAAAAAGCAAGUGAAAUGCAAAUGUUAAUGCAACAACAAAUGGGAAAUACAGGUGGUCAAAUGAUACCAAAUGAUCCAAGAAUUCAACAUGGUGCUCAAAAUCAACAACAAAACCAGCAACAACAACAGAAUCAACAACAACAAAAUCAGCAACAAUGGAGAGGAAAUGAUAUACAGCAACAACAACAACAACAACAACAACAACAUAUUAAUCAACAACAAAAUCAACAACAACAAAAUCAACAACAAAAUCAACAACAACAACAACAACAAUUAUCACCACAACAAACAAAGAAUGCAAUACAAAAUAUUAUAGAAAGUACAAAUCCAGCUCAAUUAUUUGAAAUGUUGAGUAAUAUGAAAAGUUUUGUUCAACAUCAACCAGAUCAAGCAAUAUCUAUACUGAUUAAUUAUCCUCAAAUGGGUUUAGCAUUACUUCAUGCUCAAGUAGUUUUAGGUAUGAUUUCUCAAAAUGCUGCCACUCAAAUUUUAUUAAGUAAUCCAAAGAAUCAACAACCACAACAACAACAACAACAACAACAACCACAACCACAACAACAACCACAACCACAAAACUUUAAUCAAUCACCAACAAUGUAUAAUAAUCAAAAUAAUAAUCAAAUGAUGGGAAUGCAACAAGGUAAUAUGGGAGGUCCGCAAGGUAAUCAAAUGAUGGGUAUGGGUGGUAAUAAUAUGGGUAUGGGUGUUGGUGCUGUCAAUAAUGGCCCACAAACUAAUCAAAUGAUGGGUGGUAAUAAUAUGGGUAUGGGUGGUCCACAAGGUGGUAAUAUGGGUAAUAAUAUGAAUAAUAUGGGUAAUAAUAUGGGUGGUAAUAAUAUGGGUAAUAAUAUGAAUAAUAUGGGUAAUAUGGGUAAUAUGGGUAAUAUGGGUAAUAUGGGUAAUAUGGGCAACAUGGGUAAUAUGGGUAAUAUGGGUAAUAUGAAUAUGGGUAGUAUGGGUAAUAAUAAUAUGAAUAAUAUGAACCAACAACAACGACAACAACAACAACAACAACAACAAGGUGGAAAUAAUAUGAAUAUGGGUAAUAUGGGUAAUAAUAUGAAUAAUAUGAAUAUGAAUAAUAAUAUGAAUAAUAAUAUGAAUAAUAAUAUGAAUAAUAUGAAUAAUAUGAAUAAUAUGAUGAAUAAUAUGAAUAAUAUGGGUAAUAUGGGUAAUAUGAUGAAUCAACAACAACAAGGUGGUAGUAUCCCACCUCCACCUGGUUUAUCACCUGUUGCAAUGGCAAGUUGGAAUCAAUUAGGUGAUAAAUAUAAACAAUUCGCAAGUUAUGUUUUAAGUCUCACCCAACAACAAAUUGAUCAAGUUCCUGAGAGUCAAAGACCUCAAAUCAUUAAAAUCAGACAACAAUUUGGUAGAAAUUAA